AGACUUUGUUCUGGCUCUGCUCCUUGCCAGCCAUGCUGCUCUGGUUCCUCAGCCUCGUGUGUUCUGGUUUCUUCCUAGUCCAGAGGAUGUCAGCACACUUGGGAAGCCAUGAUAAACCAUUCCUAUCUGCCUGGCCAAGUUAUGUUGUUCCUCUGGGACAGAAUGUGACUCUUACAUGUGACUCUCAUAGAGGAUCUAACAUAUUCAAGCUGUACAAAGAAGAAGGGUCUCCAAACCAUCAGUUACAUGAGACUACAUUUCAGAAGAGCCAGGUCUUUGGUCCUGUGACAACAGAACAUGCAGGAACCUACAGAUGCUUCCAUCCUCAAUAUGCUAAUGUAUUGUCAGCACAUAGUGAGCCUCUGAAAAUCAUAAUUUCAGGAAUCUACAUGAAGCCUUUCCUCUUGAUUCUACAAAGUCCCCUGGUGGAUACAGGAGGGAAUGUGACCCUGGAAUGUCACUCAGAGAAUAUGUUCGAUACAUACAUUUUGAUUUCACACAGAAUGGGAAUAAUCAAGAACUCUGUCCAAGUUUCUGCAGAACAUCAUGAAAGUGGGUCACAUGUCAGCUACUCAAUAGGUCCCAUGACACCUGACCUUGUUGGGACUUACACAUGCUAUGGUGCUAACAGUUACUACCCCUAUGAAUGGUCAGACUCCAGUGACCCCAUUGACAUCAAGAUCACAGGUAUAUACAAGAAACCUUCUCUGUCAGCCCUGAUGGGCCCUGUGCUGAUGAUGUCAGGAGAGACCAUGACCCUGUCUUGCAUCUCUGACCAUCAGUUUGACACGUUCCAUAUGUCCAGGGAAGGGGUGCCUCGGGGACAGGGGAUGCCUGCAGUGCAGAGCCACAGUGGUAAAUUCGAGGCAAAAUUCCUUCUUAGUCCAAUGAUCCAAAAAGGGAACUAUAGAUGCUAUGGCUCUUUCAGGAACGCUUCCCAUGUGUGGUCCUCCCCAAGUGACCCCUUGUACCUUCCUGCCAAAGGAAACUGUCCUGCAUACACAGAAGCAGAUACCAAAACAAAUAACUACAAGAACCUGCACAUUCUAACUGGGCUCUUAGUAACCAUGGUCCUUGUCGUCAUCAUCAUCUUUUACUCUUGUUACUUCUCCAAACAGAAUAAGUCUCAGAAACAAGCAGCAGCCAGCAUGGAACAAGAGUAUGAAGUUAAAAACACAAUAAACACACAGGACUUUGAAAGACAAGAAGGACAGGGGUUACAUACACAGAACUUGAGCAGAGAAUCUUCAACCAAAACUUGAUGCCUCCCAUUUCCCGAAUUUCUGAGUUUUCUGCAGAUACCAUUGUGUACAUGGAAAUUAUGAAAUGAUAAACUGAGAUCAAAGAAUGUCUGCACCCUCUGAGUUCUCAAAGAAAGAUCUAAGGAAGUCUUUUGUGGAAAACAGAGCCUUUUCAUCAACAAAGGCUGUUUGAUGCAGUGAAAUAACAGCUGGAAUAUGAAGGCAUAAGUUUUAAAUUUGGGGUUAUCCUUAAUUGUUCCAAUACUGUUCUUAAUGUAGUUUACUAAUACAUAAAAAGACUAUGGUCCUCACUG